GCGCGCCGCGGCGGCCGUUGGAGGCGGCGGCGCGGGGAGAUGAGGGCGGCGCGGCGGCGGGGCGGCGGCGGGGCGGCGCGGGGGCUCCGCGGGGCUCUCUAGGACGGCGGCGCCCCGCACGCGCACCAUGGAUCUGCUGGUGGUGGUGAACGCCAGCCUGGGCGCCCCCAACGGCUCCCUGGCGCUGCCCCCCGCCUCCCCGUCCGCCUCGGCCCUCCUGCAGCCGCCCUCGCCCUACUCGCCGGCGGCCGUGGCCAGCUUGGCGGCCGUGGUGGGCUUCCUCAUCGUCUUCACCAUCGUGGGCAACGUGCUGGUGGUGAUAGCCGUGCUCACCAGCCGGGCGCUGAGGGCCCCCCAGAACCUCUUCCUGGUGUCCCUGGCCAGCGCGGACAUCCUGGUGGCUACUCUGGUCAUGCCUUUCUCCUUGGCCAACGAGCUCAUGAAUUACUGGUACUUCGGCAAGGCUUGGUGUAACAUUUACCUGGCGCUGGAUGUGCUCUUCUGCACCUCCUCCAUCGUGCACCUGUGCGCCAUCAGCCUCGACAGGUAUUGGUCUGUCACGCAGGCGGUGGAGUACAACCUCAAACGGACCCCCCGGCGGAUCAAGGCCAUCAUCCUCACUGUCUGGCUCAUUUCAGCCGUCAUCUCCUUCCCGCCGUUGAUCUCCAUGUACCGGGACCCUGAGGGAGAUGUCUUUCCGCAGUGCAAGCUCAAUGAUGAGACGUGGUACAUCCUUUCUUCUUGCAUUGGCUCUUUCUUUGCCCCCUGCCUCAUCAUGGUGUUGGUCUAUAUCCGCAUCUACCGCGUGGCCAAACUGAGGACCAGGACCCUCUCUGAGAAGCGUACGAUGCCAGAGGGGUCCUCCCAGACUGAGAAUGGCUUGAGCCGGGCUGCUAGGGGCUGCACUUCCCUGAGGAUGCAGUUGGGAGAGAACGGACAUUAUUCAAUGCACCAGUGGCGCAAAGCCUCUGAGCUGGAGGACAUUGAGCUGGAGGAGAGCAGCACCUCGGAGAGUAGACGGAGGCGGAGUCGGGAGGAGCAUCCCCGCAAAAGCAGCAAGAGCCAGUCCUUCUCCUACUCAUAUUCCUCCAAGCACUCUAGCAGCCGUCUGUCCCGCUCUAGCAGUCGCUCCAUGCAGUUCUUCUCAUAUCGCCGUCGCCGGAAGCGUAGCAGCAUCUGUCGUAAGAAAGUCGCCCAGGCCCGGGAGAAACGCUUCACUUUUGUGCUGGCUGUGGUCAUGGGGGUCUUUGUAGUUUGCUGGUUCCCUUUCUUCUUCAGCUACAGCCUCUAUGGUAUUUGCCGGGAGGCAUGUGAGAUCCCUGAGACUCUCUUCAAGUUCUUCUUCUGGAUUGGGUAUUGCAAUAGCUCCCUCAACCCAGUCAUCUACACCAUCUUCAACCAGGACUUUCGCAGGUCCUUUAAACACAUACUUUUCAAGAAGAAGAAGAAAAACUUCCGGCAUUGAGCUGGAGGGAUAGGAGGGAAGGAUUUGCCUUGAACAGGAGUGGAGUUAAAAGAAAGUGAAAGGGCUCUAUGCUGAAAAAGGAGGGAGGGAAAUGUUUGUGCUGAGACAGAAGGAAGCAGGCUCGCUCCCUCAGAGGUGCUGAGUGGCGGUGCGGGGCGUGAGGACUGAAGGGUGGGGGAGGCUGAGGACGUUUGCCGUGGUGUGGAAUGGCGACAGGGUGCUGGAGGAGCUGUGCUGGGUCUGGGUGGGUAAACAGGGAAGGGGGCAGUUUCCUUUGAACCCUGAGGGAGAACAUGGGGAUCACCAGAGGAAGGCGGGGUAACACACUGAGUUUGGGAGGCAAUGACCUUGCAUGGGCUCUGGAAUUUUGUGCGAAACAAAGCAAAAACAUCAAGAGGAAAGGAUUAAGUGGUACUGGUGGUGGAAUAGCAGAUUGGAGUGUGUGUGUGUGUGUGUGUGUGUGUGUGUGUGUAUAUAUGUGUGCAUAUAUAUAUACACAUAGAGCAGUUGGGGCCUCUGAUGGGCUUGUCACAGUAAGAAAUUGGCUUUUACUGGUUAUGUAGGGAAAGAUGCUAGGUAUCAGGCACUGACAGUCUUUUGAGUUAUGAAAGGUUUAAAUGUUUGCCAAAAAAACCCUAAAGAACAAUCCAAACUUUUCUAAAUAAACCUUUGUACUGUUAAAACCUUCUGAAUGGUGAUUUUACACAGGAUUUAAGUCAAACAUGAAGCAUGGGGUUUUCUUUUUCUUUGGAGAAGUCUUAGUGUAUGGAGCUGGAUGGGAAAUGUUUUCCCCAUCUUCCCAGGAUUUUCCAUUUGUCAGUGGAACACCUGGGAAUUUUGAAUGUUUUCACAAAAUAUGAAAAAGAGCACAUGCACCCCAUGACCCCAUCUGUUCCUCCCUCCUGCUGGAUUGCCCGGCAGCAAAUUCCUGCUCCAUCACUCUCAGAUCGGUGGCCUGAGCACCUCGCUAUCUUGGAGCAGGUGGCUUGCCCGGAUGCAAGGGGGGCCUUUCUUAAACCAACUUCCAUUCAAACAAAACCAUUUUGGUGAACUGAACUAAUAUUUUCUGAGGGAAAAAAAUCAAUUUUCCAACCAGCUCAACUUGCAUGUGCCCUGGGGAACUUUUUCCUCUGCUGUUUUUAGGUCUCCCCUCAGAAGGGCUCAUCUCAGGGGCUGGGUGGGUGCUGCUCUCAUUCUCAGACAGGCAGUUGGAGGUAGUCUGCUAUGCAGAUGUUCAGAGGAAGAGCAAUCACCACACAACUAAAGUCUUUAAAUCCUUCGUAUUUAUAGUCUUAGAGCAACUAAAUCCUUUAUUUUUUUAAUGAGAAACAUACAUUGCAGAUUGUCAGUGGUGUAUGUGAACAAAUUUCAAAUGGAAGUGCAGCUGUUACAAACCUUUAGUAUUAAUGCUGCUUUCUUUCCCUUUCCCUGUUUGUAUUUCUAGUUUGUGACUUCAGAUUAUUUUUUCGUGGAGGGGAAGAGGGAAAGGGAGGGGAAAGAGUUUGAAUAAUUAUUAAAGCAAACUCUAUUUCCUGUAGAUUUAUAAUAUCUCAUAAACUGAUGGGUAGAAUGAGAGACAAGGUGGUGUCUGUACAUUCAUCACUGAAUGCAUACUGAGUGUAAGAUUCAGCUGAACAUUUACAUCCCUUCUCCAGGUGUGUAUUCUGUUUGCGGGUGAAAAUACUGCUCCAUUUUAUUAUGCAUAUCACCCCUUCCAUAGGCUGUAGGAUUUGGCAUCUGCCUCAAAUUAACCUUUCCAUAGUAAACUGCUCUUUGAAAUGCAAUGAUAUCUAAUCUCAUAUAGCAGGCUUCUUGAAACAGCUAGAUCGAAUUUCUACCUGAGACUCAUUAGACAUCCACUUCUUUAAACUCUCUGUUAUGUCUGAAAGGUGUCUGUAAUCUCUCUUCUCUUCAAAUUUCAAUGGCAUAAGUAGAAAUGAUAGAGCAGUAACUUUGGUUUUUGCUUCUGUUUUUCAUUAUGAACAUUUGGUUCACUUAACCCUGGAAAAGCAGGUUGUCGGUUUUUAAGAAUCUGGUGUUAAUUCAAUAGACAAUUUAACUUCAGGGCCAACUCAAGUGGGAGUUCUGCCUAAGUAAGGAUUAGAUGAUUGCACCAAAGGUAUUAGAAGUUUGCUUGAUUUCACUAAAGAAACAACUGAGAUAUUUUCAAAGUGUAAGUCCAUAACUUAUUGGAGCCUUUCAUGAAAUAAGGCUUGGAGUCAUGAAAAGAUUGGAGCUUUAUUUAGACCUUUGCACUUAAAGAAAGGACAUUAAGACUUACUUUCAAGGGCAUCCCUUUGUAAAUAACAAAUGGUUUGGUACAAGUAUGUACUAAAUAUUAGAAAACAUAGCAACUGAAAGGAAACUACAAGCCAUUUUCUCUUUUGCAAAAUGGAGAAUUCAUUUUAAAAUGACAUCAGGAAGAGUUGAGACAAGCUCAGAUUGUUUGUAGGUAGCAACAUAGCGAAAAAGUUCAGGUUUGUUUAAUCUGAAUAAACUAUACAAUUGCCAGAGCAACCAAAGCAACGUAUGGUACAUAGCUACUACCUCUGAGCUACUGGACAGCUUCCUUAGAGAUACUCAUUCCUACCAAGAUAAAGGUCUGUUCUUGUCACUUAAUGCUCAUCUUAGAGCAGUUUCCCAGCCUGCAGACACACAGCAGCUUCACUGUUGCACUGCUUUUGAAAUGAGGUUUGUUGCCUGUAAACACAAUUCUUCCCCUUUCUUUUUCCUCAUAAAAUCCAAGGAAUCUAUGGAAAUGGAAUGUAAUCGACAAUUGGAUUUUAAUGGAAGUGAAGUAUAUACGGAGUGGCUGAUGUGCCUUAAAAGUAACUUCUUUGCUAUAAGAUCAUUCUGUAAUCAUUAUAAAAGAAAUAAUGCUUCUAUUCUAUUUUUGUUUUGCAUUUCAAAAUGUCUAAAAAGGAUUGAUGCAGAUACUGAACAUCUAUGUGCAGCAGCAUAUUUAAAAACAGGGCAUUUUCUGUGUUAUUAUUUCUCGUUACAAUUACUCAUCUGAUUCAAUGCCUCAAGAGGAUCUUAUUUCUUCUGAGUUCGGUAAAUAGUAAUAUUCACUGUAACUGAUUUAAAGAUGUGCAGUAGAAACUCCUUUUAAGUGCAUUUCCCUCUAAAUUAUUGAAUACAGAGGAUUUCUAUUAAAAUUGUUUUUAAUGAAACUACUUAAUAUGCUUCAAGGAAGUAAAAUGGGGCUGACGUAGCUUUUUUUUUUUUUAAUUUCAGUGUUCUAUUAUUACUUGUAAUAGCUGAAGACUGGAAUCUGUUUAUGACAUACUGGGUGUUGUUAACGUUUCAUAAAAAGUUACCAGCUCUGCUGCUCACACUGAUUGUGCUUCCACUGUAAGUUUGCUAAUAGCAUAUACAGGAAAAAAUAGUCAAUGAAACUUUUUCUUAAGAAAAAGGGGAAAGAUUUUUUAUGUUUCGAUUGUGUCCAAAUGUACCUUUGAUCACAUAUGAUGACCUGGUUAAAACACUCACUCUGUUCCUCUAUUAUUCUGGAAGAACAAAAUGUUACUAUAAAGCCAUAUUGAUUUUAACAACAAGCACCUGAUAUUUAACUGUUCAUUUGCUCAUUCCACUAUGAAAAAAAUUUUCUGCCAGUCCAAAAUGGGAAGUUAAUAUGCCAUUUUCAAAACCAGUUUUCUGAACAGUGCAACUUAGCCAGGAUGCGAACCAAUCCUACUGUCCUUCAGCUCUCUUUUGUGAGAGUUUUGCAUGAGUAAGAAUGGCACAAUCAGCUUUAAAUUAUUGUCUAAAAUAAGAAUCAGGCCCUUGUUGUUCUGUGUGAUCUCGGUUUAGAGAAGUCAUGUUGCUCCAGGAGCACUGGUGAUUUCUGAGAUGUGAAAUGGAAAGAUGAAAGACAACUUGCUAAUAGCUUUGCUCACACUGAACUGUACCACUCUGUGAGUAAUCCCAGAACAGUGGAGUUUACUUCUGAAUGAGGGAACUACUCAGUGUGGGCAAGGCUGUAGGAGCUUUCUGGACACUGCCUCCUCUUCAGUAGAUGUGUCAGAGGAAUGUAAAUAUUUGUGUGUAAAUGUGCAAGAAUUGAUAGAAAGCAAUCCUCUGUGCUUAACUUCACGACUUCUGUUCAAACCCUUAGAAAGCAUGGGUAAAGUGUUUUUUGACCACAUAA